AUGCUGGAGAUGGACAUGGACGCGGUGACUGACCAAAAGUCAAACAGACCACCUUUACGCGACACACGACCUAGUUCCAAACGUCACACGUUAAGGUCUGAAAGAAAGAAGGGGACUGAAAUCUAUUGUUUGCAUUGGCCUCCUUCUCUGUUGACUUUUCCAUCUGUUAAUGCCCUGUCCGAUUCAAGCCAACCGAAGAGGGGGUUGAGAGCAUUUGAUGAUGAUGAUGAGGAUGAUGAUGAUGAUGACGACGACGACGACGACGAUGAUGAUGAUGAUGAUGAUGAUGAUGAUGAUGAUGAUGAUGAUGAUGAUGAUGAUGAUGAUGAUGAUGAUGAUAUGACGUGA